AUGGAACUAAAACCCCCUGAUAGAACGCGACAAAUCCACAUGCACUUUUACAAUCCUCCGGUAUGGUUCGAGGUUUCCAGUGCUUUUAAAGGUUGCUCAAAUAAAUGUUCAAUAUCGGUUGGAGAAGGUCUAGAUUAUUAUGAUAAAGAUGUUGUGAUAUUUUUCGGUCCACAUCUUAAUGGUCAACCAGUGGAGAAAAGACAAGGACAGAUUUGGGUCUUGAAUGGUAGGGAGCCACCUUCACAUUACAAUUUCCAAAUUUCAGAGUGGAUGGGACUUUUCAAUUGGACAAUGACUUAUCGGAGGGACUCGGAUAUCCCAAACAUGCGCGGACAUUUUGAAAAAAGAUUUAAUUCGUCUGCGCGCCUUCCAAAUGUGACUUCGAAACUUACAGGACGUAAAGAAAAUGUUAGUUCGACUGCCUGGUUUGUGUCAAAUUGUCACACGGAGAGUAAACGGGAAGAUUACGUUAAAAUUCUUAAAAAUAAGCAUUCUGUUGAUAUAUUUGGUCGCUGUGGUAAAAAUCAAUGUCGUCCCAGAAACAGCAUUCAAUGUCUUUCAUUGUUAGGACAGAGAUAUAAAUUUUAUCUCUCCUUUGAAAACUCACUUUGUAGGGAUUACAUUUCAGAAAAGAGUUUUCAAUUUUACACAGAGGGAAUUGAUGCUAUCCCUAUUACUCGAGGCUUUAAUGGGAUGUAUUCGUUAUAUUUACCUCCAGAAUCAUUUAUUGACACAAGUAAUUAUGAUAGUAUUGAUAAGUUAGUAACUUUUUUAGAUUAUCUUAGCAAACACGGUACACUGUAUGAACAAUAUUUUCAAUGGAGAAAAUAUUAUCAAGCGGAAUUUGACAGAUAUCAACAGUUCUGUGAUCUUUGUGAAAGGAUGCAUGAACCAGACGUAUAUACAAAAUAUCACAGGGUGUAUCAUGACAUCAAUAAUUGGGUUUUUGGUUCAUCCGAUGUCGCCAUGUGCACAAAAGUAAAUGACAUUGAAACUAAUUCCUCCUCAAAUGGAACAUCAAAACUGAUGUAUAAAUUUUUUCCAGAAAUACCAAACGUGAAAAGGAGAAAGUCUCUAUUUCGAUGA